UUGUUUACCAGUGGGUAGGGAUUUCGGACUUGCUGGAUGUUUGUUUUGAGCCCAUUUUUGAGCCUACACACUGAAGGAUCGGUAAUGUCAGACGGCACAACUUGCAAUACUACCUCCGCAGGUACAGAUAUAUUUCCUUUUCUUCUCAAGACCGAGGAACAAGCAUGCACUGUUGUUGCUGCCGAAGAAAGUAAGUCGUCAGGGGUCUGGCGAACCCAAACACCCGGACGGUCCGAUGGAGUUCGGCCGCUAGAUGCUCUGCCGCUGCUGUUUAUCCACAUUCAUCGGUCAAACGACGAGCUCUGGCGCCUCGCCUCCACCGCAACCAAGAAGCGAUUCCAGAUCCUAAGCCAAGACCUGGAAACCCGCCGCGCCCGGCUAGACCGAAGGCUAAGGGACGCAAAACGCCGCAGGCCUUCGUCCAAGACCGGCGCGGGGGGCAAGGGCGGCCGCAGGAACGGUGCUGGUACUGCAGCAGCAGCGGCGGCGGCUAGCGGGGAUAGGGCGGCGGCGGUGGCGGCGGCGGUGGCGGCAGCGAAGAGCGAGCACGUGAAAGCCCUGAGCGCCGACAGCCACGCUCUCCAGGACGUUCAUCAGUUGAUCGACACCAUGCUGUCGGACUGGGACGUCAAGAUCACCGGCGACGAGGGCCCCGCCGUCGUCGACUCGUGCCCUCCCCUCAGCACCGCCCCAAGCGCCAAUAGGAGGGGGGGAGCCCCCCCUCCCGUUCCCGCUCCCUUCCCGACUCCCGCCAUGAAGGCCUCUUUGUCAGGGGUCGGAGGCCUCUCAGGUGCAGCGGCGGUGACGGCGGCGGCGGCGGCGGCGGCGGCGGCGGCGGCGGCGGCGGCAGGUGCGACCAGGGCUGAGGGUCGGGGUGGCGGCGCCGGGGUUGCCGCAGCCGCUUGCGACGGUGGGAGCGGCGGGCGUGCGGGGGAGCCCUCUCGUCCAACGGCUGGCGGCGGCGGCGGUGGCGGUAGCGGCUGCAACAGCCCGGGCGAUCCCGCGCUCGGGACCAGCCCACGCGACAGCAACAUCAGCAAGAAGGACCAUGACAGCGCCGGCCGUGGCGGGGGCACCGCCGCAGAAGGCCGUCGUGCGGAGUGUCCCACGUCGAGGUACCUUCCUCACAACAGCAGCAGAAGCAGGGGUGGGAGUUCCACCACCGCCAAGGCGGCGGCGCCGUCGUCGGUCCCGAACCCGGGGACGCGUUGCUUUCCUCCCCCCCUGCCUAUCCCGUCCGGGGCCGGCGGCGUCGCCCCCGCUCAGCACCUGGCCGUCCUCCAGGCCUUGCUGAACGAAGGAGGGGGAGAAGAAGGGGGCUCGUACAGCGACAGCGACAGCGAGGGGUAGGAGCUCGGGCAAGGGGACGGGAAGGGAGGAGGGCCGCGUGCGGGAAGGGUCGUUCGCGGCGGUGUGUAGAUGAUGGGGUGGAAUGGGUCGGAGUAUCCAUGGGACACGUUGGAGUUGUUGCGUAGAGGGACAAGUUCCGGAUGUGAGGAGGAUUGAUAGUGCUGUUGGUUACUACGCGAGUGUGCGUCGGGCACGGUGAAGGAGGUCUUAGGUUCGCGAAAGCUCCGCUUUACAUGCAUCUCCCGUGCUUCGUUGUGUGCUUCACGUGUUUCCGCAAAAACAAGCUGGAAGAAUUCGGCCGAAUGUAGUUGCUUCUACCUUUGGACCGGGGAUGGCGGGUGCCCUCUCCGUUGCGGUAACACGCUGGAGGACUGUUUUUGUUCCGGUUUGAAUUUCCACGGUACCAUUUCCGUCCCGCGAAGAUGAACGUCUAUGGUACGCUUCUGUUAGGCGAAGAUCAAACAUCCAUGACACCCUUCUGUCCCGUGAGGAUGAAGAAUACCCAUGGUACCCUUCGGUCCCGCCAAGAUAAAUGUACAUGGAACCUUCCAUCACGCGAACGAGAAGGUCGUGCUACUGCCAUGGGAGAAACGAAUGGACUGACGUGUGUUGCGUGUUUAGGUUUCCUCGGCGACCCACCUCCUCCUACUGGCUGCACCUACCUUUGAUCUAGACAGCGCUUCUGCGGCGAUUUUCGUGUGAAGACGAGGGCGA